AUGGCCUUAUCACAAUGUGCUGCUCUAAUAGGAGAUGUCCCUCCAGCAGCGGGCAAGGUCAGGCCCCAGGGCCGCAGGGAGGAGCAGGCUCAGGGUGGCUCUGCAGAGGGACCUCUGGGAGAACAGAUCCACUCUACAGAAAGGAACAGAUUAGUGCUAACGUCAUGUGUGGCUAAGCUAAGCAAGGAAGUAACAGUCUGUCAUGGAAGAGGAGCCAGCCGAGCGUGUAACCUCACAUCACAGGAGGAGAAGGAGGCACCAGCGCCAGGAGAGAUGGAGAGCAAGGGGAUGGAUGGACAAGACUGCAUGAGCCCCAGAUAG